AUGUCUGGUUCCGCGCAAGAUGAAGUGGUCCCUCAGCCUGGCCAUUGGCCGGUUGAUCCACAGGAAGAUGUUCCCAUAUCGAAGGACCGCAUCUGGGUUGAUGGAUGCUUUGAUUUCAGCCACCACGGUCACGCUGGUGCCAUGCUGCAAGCACGGAGGUUGGGAAAGGAGCUAUUGGUUGGCAUUCACUCGGACGAGGCAAUUCUCGAAAACAAAGGGCCAACUGUGAUGACUUUACCAGAGCGAGUCGCCGCUGUCGAAGCGUGCAGGUGGGCCACAAAGUCCAUCCCCCACGCUCCCUACGUCACAACAUUGCCAUGGAUUUCACACUACGGUUGCCAAUACGUUGUUCACGGAGAUGAUAUUACAUCAGACAGUAAUGGCGAAGACUGCUAUAGAUUCGUCAAGGCCGCCGGGCGGUUUUUGGUCGUGAAGCGAACACCAGGCAUAUCCACAACCGAUCUAGUUGGUCGAAUGCUUCUAUGCACAAAGAACCAUUUCGUGAAAUCAGUGAAGGAUAUUCUCGAGGGUAACGAAGGAUCUGACAACCCUGAGGAUCGAAAAGCGUUUGGGGCGGACCUCCUUCAGAGACUUCGGGACUAUGCUACUGAUGAGAGCGGACACCAGCCUGGUCCAGAGGUAUGGCUUUGGAAUGGCAGUGAUACAGCCAAGAUUAACCAAGUCACUGAAGCUGCCGGGAGCUUCGAAUCUCUAAUUCAAGGUGUCCCGCCGAAGCCGGGACAACGUAUCAUAUAUGUCGACGGUGGCUUUGACCUCUUUUCUUCGGGACACAUUGAAUUCCUUAGACGAGUUAGGGAUGCGGAAGAGGUCGAAGGUCAGAAGCGAGGAUGGUAUGAAGCAAGAGAAAAGGAGAAAAGGAUCGCAGAACAUGGUGACGACUAUGGCCCGGCAUAUAUUGUCGCUGGUAUCCAUGACGAUUCGGUCAUCAAUCACUGGAAAGGCCUCAACUAUCCCAUCAUGAAUAUAUUCGAGCGAGGGCUGUGCGUUUUGCAAUGCAGGUAUAUUCAAUCUAUUGUCUUCUCAACACCCUUCACGCCAAGUGAAUCAUUUCUACGAGCAAUGCCAUGGGGAGUGCCCGACGCAGUUUACCACGGACCAACAACAUUCAUUCCCCUAACAUACGAUCCCUACGUGGCCCCAAAGCAGAUGGGUAUUUUCAAGGAAGUCGACACUCAUCCAUUCCAGCAUGUAAAUGCUGGUGAAAUUGUGGAAAGAAUUCUGAAAAGCCGCAAUGCCUAUGAAGAAAGGCAACGUGCAAAACUGAAGAAGGGCAUUGUUGAGCAGGAAUCCAAGGAUAAAGAGCAAGCUUCGCAGACGACGCAAUAG